CGAGCAGAGAGUCUGGUAAAGAGUCACGGUAGCGACCGUUACGCCAAAACGAGGCUUACCAAAAUUCUGGUAAAGUUUUUGAUUGGCUGAGAAGAACACACCUCCAAAAUGAAUCGUGAAUUGAUAGACGAUGUUGUAGCCGCAUUAAACCUACCUUUUAAACUUAAAGAUUUACAACUUGAAUGCUUGAAAGCUGUAGCAGAUGGAAAAGACUUAUUUGCGGUUUUGCCAACUGGAUACGGGAAAAGUGUGCUGUAUACCGUCCUGCCGAAAUUAUUAUGGGAAUCUAAAGUGAAAGUAAGAUGCUCGACCGGUGUAGAACAUUUUUCUUCCGUUGUGAUUGUUAUUUCGCCCUUGAUUUCUCUGAUGAAGGACCAGGUACUUAAUAUCAAAUCUUUAGGGGUUGACUGUGCAUAUAUUGGAGAGAAGCAGGAGGGAGGAGAGCUGAUGAAUAUUAAAAAUGGAAAAGUCCCAGUUCUAUUGAUGAGCCCAGAGAGUCUGUUUUCUGGAUCCUGGAGACAAGUUCUGGAGACUGAUGUUAUCAGGAGAUUGGUGUCAGCAAUAGUGGUGGAUGAGGCUCACUGUGUGGAGCAAUGGGGAGAUGAAUUUAGGACAGAUUAUAGCAGGAUUAAUGAACUAAGGAGCAUUUUACCAGAAGCUGUGAUGGUUGCUUUGACAGCUACUGCAACUCUCGAUUCUAGAAUUAAAAUAUCCAAAAUGUUGGGAAUGAACUCAUAUCAUACAGUUAUUGGUUGCUGCAAUAGGGAAAAUAUCAUGUACUUUGCAAAAAAGGCAUCUUAUGAUAUAGAGGAAAAUUUCCAAUGGCUUAUUGAUGAACUUAAAUUGAAAAAAAGUGAAACCCCUAAAGUAAUUAUUUAUUGUAGAAAUAUCAAGACAUGUUCCAUUAUUUACUCCCUUUUCAGAAGAAAACUUGGUGCUAAUGAUUCUUACAUAGGACAAUCUUCAGCCCGAAAUUGUUUGUAUGCUAUGUUUCACCACUCUACUCCAGAUAAAAACAAACAAAUUAUUUCAGAAAAUUUUCGACAACCUGAUGGUAAACUUCGUGUAGUAAUUGCAACCAAUGCUUUUGGGAUGGGCAUCAAUGUAAAAGAUAUACACAAAGUCAUUCAUUGGGGUGCACCAAAAAGUGUCAAUGGUUUCAUGCAGGAAAGUGGUCGCGCAGGCCGAGACAACAGCCCCUCACAAUCCAUCGUGUACUACCACCCUAUUGAUGUCAGUGUGACAGCAACUGAUGAUCAAAUGAGACAAUACUGCAAGUUAAAAUCUUGUAGAAGACAUUACUUAAUACUUCAUUUUUCACCUGAAAAUAUGAAAGCUGUGCAAGGAACACCCAAACACUUUUGCUGUGACAACUGUGCUAUCUCGUGUGAUUGUCAGCACUGUCCUGUGGACUUUUAUUCAUUUUUUCCUAAUGAGGACGAUAGCAUUGUUAUGGCAGCUGCUGGCCAAUAUGAUGAUAACAAGUCAUACCGAACUAUCACUGAUGAAAAGAGAGAAACUUUGACAGUUUCCUUACAUGAAAUGAGAAAAUCUUUACUUCAAAGUGAAUGUUAUGAACCAACUAUCUUGCCAGCUGAAAUUUUGACUGGUCUCAGUGACACGGUGAUAAAAAACAUUGUCUCAAAUGCGCACUACAUGUUUGACAUUGAUGAUAUUUAUGGAGAGUAUGUUUAUGAUAAAAAAACGGCAGAAAAAAUUUUAAAAGUCAUCGACGAAGCAUGUACACAUACAUAUAUUUAAUUUCAGGUUAAAAAAAUUAUUUUUGCACAUAAAAUAAAAUGCCUGUUAAAAUGAU